GUAGGCAGUUCAAGCGAGCGAGGGUAGAAAGUCGCUGUUGGGAACCUCCCCUCCCCUUCCCUCGCCUCGUCAGAAAAUCACAAAGAAUGAAAAGUCGACAGCGUUAUUAGCGUUAUUAUUAAUGUACAAAGGCCGCCCCGAACAUUCCCUCGACGUUGAAAAAGCGCUCGACAGACUCCUGGUUGGACACUUGUGUCUCGAUUCGUGCUGGAGUUGAAAAGCUGGUUCUUGUCUGCUCGCCAAGUUUGGUGGAAGUUUGCAGAGUGGACUUGCCCAGUUCUUAUAUCUCCUCCUAUAUUUUCUGCACGCUGUCACCUUUCCAUCCCCCUCCUUUUUUUUUUCUUUUCCUCGCUGUUCCCCUUUCUCUUGAACCAUGUGUGACAAUGGUGACCAUGAGGACAAACCACCUGCCCCACCUGUAAGGAUGAGUAGUACGAUCUUCAGUGGCAGUGGGAAGGACCACACACUCUUGGCUAAUCACAGCUCCAAGCCCCUCCCUUCUGUGCCUGAAGAGAGGAAACCCCGGAAUAAAAUCAUCUCCAUCUUCUCAGGGGCAGAGAAAGGUGGAAGAAGGAAAGACAGAGACCGGGAGCGGCCAGAGAUCUCUCCUCCCUCCGAUUUUGAGCACACCAUUCAUGUGGGUUUUGAUGCUGUUACUGGGGAGUUCACGGGAAUGCCCGAGCAGUGGGCACGACUACUGCAAACCUCUAACAUUACCAAGUCUGAACAGAAGAAGAACCCUCAAGCUGUGCUAGAUGUCCUCAAGUUUUAUGACUCUACCGGCAAUGGCAGGCAGAAGUACCUCAGCUUCUCCUCAGAGAAGGAUGGAUUCCCUUCAGGGGAACAUUCACCUGUCAAGAAGAGCACUGAACAACCGUCGCCAAGCAUGAAAAAUGCAAGUGAUGAAAACGAUGAUGAUGAUGAUGAGGAGGCUCCCCCACCCGUUGUCGCGCCGCGGCCAGAGCACACCAAAGGGGUGAAUACCCGCUCGGUCAUCGAUCCCAUCCCUGCCCCGGUGUGUUCCCCAGAUGGAGACGUUGCUUCUAAGGCUGUAGACAAACAGAGACCCAAAAAGGGCAAGAUGACCGAUGAGGAGAUCAUGGAUAAAUUGAGAACCAUAGUUAGUAUUGGAGAUCCUAAAAAGAAGUACACACGAUACGAGAAAAUUGGACAAGGGGCUUCGGGGACAGUGUUCACAGCCAUUGAUGUUGCUACGGGACAGGAGGUGGCCAUCAAGCAGAUCAACCUUCAGAAGCAACCUAAGAAGGAGUUAAUCAUCAAUGAAAUUCUAGUAAUGAAGGAACUGAAAAACCCGAACAUUGUAAACUUCUUAGACAGUUUCCUGGUAGGGGAAGAGCUCUUUGUUGUGAUGGAGUACCUGGCCGGUGGCUCGCUGACCGAUGUAGUGACAGAGACGUGUAUGGACGAGGCUCAGAUUGCAGCUGUUUGCCGAGAGUGUUUACAAGCGCUAGAAUUCCUUCAUGCAAACCAAGUUAUUCAUCGAGACAUCAAGAGUGACAAUGUGUUGCUGGGAAUGGAUGGUUCCGUCAAGCUCACGGACUUCGGCUUUUGUGCUCAGAUUACUCCGGAACAGAGCAAGCGCAGCACCAUGGUGGGGACGCCGUACUGGAUGGCCCCCGAGGUCGUCACUCGCAAGGCCUACGGACCCAAGGUUGACAUCUGGUCUCUGGGCAUCAUGGCUAUUGAGAUGGUGGAGGGGGAACCGCCAUACCUCAACGAGAAUCCACUGAGGGCCCUUUACCUCAUUGCCACCAACGGAACCCCAGAGCUGCAAAGUCCAGAAAAAUUGACCCCCAUCUUCCGGGAUUUCCUGGCUCGCUGCCUGGAGAUGGACGUUGAAAAGAGGGGCAGUAGCAAAGAACUCUUGCAGCAUCCCUUCCUGAAGCUGGCGAAGCCUCUGUCCAGCCUUACGCCCCUCAUUCUGGCAGCCAAGGAUGCCAUGAAGAACAACCGCUAGCACCAUCGACCCUCUGUGGAUGAGCCCGAGCACGCACGCAUGCGUACUGCUGAUUGGACUUCAGUCUGUGCCGCAUCUCUUUCUGCCAUGCCUUGCCAGCCAGCCAGUAUUGCCAAAACAUUUCUAUAAGUGUUUCACCUUUGCUUUUAAAACCGAGGGAACUCCUCGUGUGUGUGUGUGUGUGUGUGUGUGUGUGUGUG